GCGAGGUUUAACAGCAAGAUGGCUGACGCUAUGGAUGAAUACGAAAAAGAAGCUGGCUGUGUCCCUAUCCUCCAUCCGGAGGAACUCAAACCUCAGAGUCACUAUAACCAUGGCUACAGCGAGAGUGUGGGCCGCAAGAGCCACGUGGAGGACUACAGCACCUGGGACAUUGUCAAAGCCACACAGUAUGGGAUCUUCGAGCGUUGUCGAGAACUGGUGGAAGCAGGCUAUGAUGUUCGACAGCCAGACAAGGAGAAUGUCACCCUUCUACACUGGGCAGCCAUCAACAACAGGAUAGACCUGGUCAAAUACUACAUAUCGAAGGGUGCCAUCGUGGACCAGCUGGGAGGCGAUCUGAACUCAACGCCAUUACAUUGGGCUACAAGACAGGGCCACCUCUCCAUGGUAGUGCAGCUCCUGAAAUACGGGGCCGAUCCUGCCCUCAUCGACGGCGAGGGCUGCAGCUGCAUCCACCUGGCCGCACAGUUCGGCCACACCUCCAUCGUAGCCUACUUCAUCGCCAAAGGGCAGGAUGUCGACAUGAUGGACCAAAAUGGCAUGACUCCGUUGAUGUGGGCAGCCUACAGGACACACAGCGUGGAUCCCACCAGGCUGCUGCUGACCUUCAACGUGUCCGUUAACCUGGGGGACAAGUACCACAAGAACACGGCCCUGCAUUGGGCAGUGCUGGCCGGCAACACCACAGUCAUCAGCCUUCUGCUGGACGGCGGGGCCAACGUGGAUGCGCAGAACAUCAAGGGCGAAACGCCGCUGGACCUGGCCAAGCAGCGGAAGAACGCCUGGAUGAUCAACCACCUGCAGGAGGCACGGCAGGCCAAGGGCUACGACAGCCCCUCCUACCUGAAGAGGCUGAAGGGCGACAAGGAGUUCAGGCAGAAGGUGAUGUUGGGGACACCCUUCCUGGUAAUCUGGCUGGUGGGCUUCAUCGCUGACCUUGACAUUGACUCCUGGCUCAUCAAGGGACUGAUGUAUGCAGCUGUGUGGGUCACUGUGCAGUUUCUCUCAAAGUCCUUCUUUGACCACUCCAUGCACAGUGCCCUUCCCCUGGGCAUCUACCUGGCCACCAAGUUCUGGAUGUACAUCACCUGGUUCUUUUGGUUCUGGAAUGAUCUGCCCUUCGUCACCAUCCACAUCCCCUUCCUCAUAAACAGCUUGGCGCUGUUCUAUAACUUCGGCAAGUCCUGGAAGUCUGACCCAGGGAUCAUCAAAGCCUCUGAGGAGCAGAAAAAAAAGACCAUCGUAGAGCUGGCGGAGACAGGCAGUUUGGAUCUCAGCGUAUUCUGCAGUACAUGCUUGAUACGGAAGCCUGUGAGGUCCAAACACUGCGCUGUGUGUAAUCGUUGCAUUGCCAAGUUUGACCACCACUGUCCCUGGGUAGGCAACUGUGUGGGAAGCGGGAAUCACCGCUACUUCAUGGGGUACUUGUUCUUCCUGCUCUGCAUGAUCUGCUGGAUGAUCUACGGCUGCAUCUGCUACUGGAGGAUCCACUGUGCCACCAGCUACGCCAAGGACGGCUUCUGGACCUACGUGACGCAGAUCGCCACCUGCUCGCCCUGGAUGUUCUGGAUGUUCCUCAACAGCGUCUUCCACUUCAUGUGGGUGGCUGUGCUCAUCAUGUGCCAGUUUUACCAGAUUGCCUGCCUGGGCAUAACCACGAACGAGAGGAUGAAUGCAAGAAGAUACAAGCACUUUAAAGUCACAACAACAUCUAUCGAAAGCCCCUUCAACCAUGGGUGUGUUCGGAACCUCAUAGACUUCUUUGAGUACCGCUGCUGUGGCCUCUUCCGGCCGGUGGUCGUGGACUGGACCACGCAGUACACAAUAGAUUAUGACCAGACGUCUGGGUCGGGCUACCAGCUGGUGUAGCGGGCUUGUCCCGGGCGCAGGAGUCGUACCGAAGCGAGGCCGGCCCCGGGAACUCUGGCCCCGGGUCACCUCCUUCGCCGAAGACUGGAGUCAGCUGAGACGAGCAUGCUGUUACAGGACAACGACGAUAACGCCACCACCAUACCCAGAACACAGAAAGCGCCUAUCCCCACCAGAUCCACCUCCCCCCCGGUUUUCCCCCAACACGGACAGUGUGCAACUGCCAACUGUGCAGGGGGGAAGGAGACAUGGAGGAGGGAGGAGAGCAGAUGUCAGAAAGGGAUUUAUUCGUUCUCUGGACAGGAGUCAUACUCUGCAGUACAUGCAAUAUUUCUUCGUUUUGUUUUGUUUUCCAUCAUCGGUUUUUGUUCUAU